AUAAUAAGGGGUAUAUUAGCGUAAUAAUGAUUGAGAAUACCAUGUAUUCCGUGACUAACUUCCGCCGCGACAACAACAUCUCUUUGGGCUUGACAAGACCCUCCACGGAAUUUCCAUACCAUCUGCAACAAACACUCAUCAUUCUGCUUGUGAAUCUGAUCAGGAACGGACGUGACUCUUCUUCUCUCUCAACAUUUUCGUGAAUAUUCAAAAAACUAGUUGAUUUUCUGUGAAGUGUACAUCGUCUCUAUAAUCUCUUAAAUGACUUUAAGUUAAUAAGAACUUCUCUAGAACUUGUUCUUAAAAAAAAACAAUUUUUAAUCCAUUAAAACUGGCAUGUCCACGAGCCAGAACAUUUUGAGAGUGUUACCUAAAAAGUGUUUGCUGAGCAAUAAAAAAUUAAACACGAGAUCCUCAUAAUUGAUGUAAAUUAUUACAAUUCCUCCUUCUCUUUUGUCACAUUAUUCAUGAUUAUCGAGUGAAGAAAAUUAUCUUCAUUUCAUAGAUAGUUUCAUCAGUAAAUUGUGCUGUGAAGGUGUUGAGUUUAUUUCAAAUUUUUACUUCAACUAGCGAAAAACCAUUGUCUCAAUUUUUGUGCAUCGCCACAAACAUUACGGAAAAAUUUUCCAUUAAAGAGGACACAAAAGUAACAAGACCUCCAAAGUGAAAUUAGUGACAAAGUGGAUAUAUAUACACAUAUUUUUUUGUGAAUUUCUUCAAAAGAGGAUAGAGAAAUAACAUUUAUAGAUGUGCAUCUUCAUGGAGGUGGAACGACUCUGAAGCAAAUUUGAGUAGAUUAUUUUCUCCUAAAAAAAAAAUUCUUCACCUCAAAAUAAAGAGACACAUAAUAGGUAAAUAGAAUAAAGACAGACAAAAGGAAGUCUCUCAACACAAAAAAAUUAAUAUGCACGGUAUAUUAAAAUACCACCACCAUUCGCACAAACAAUAGUUUCAAAUGCGGGUAAAUUAAUAUGAUGUGUUUACCUAAUAUCUCAGUUUUAUUGUAAUUACAGUUUAGUGUUUGUCGUUGCACUUGUAUCAUGUGUCUUUUUGGAGUCCAACUAAAUAGUGAAGCAAAAGAACUGAAAAUUGUCAGGAGUAUCCAUUAAAAGAAUCCCAAAAGAUCAAGCGGAAACCGAAGAGAGAAAUACGAGAAAAGGGGUACAUAGAUUCUUAUUCUAUGAUCAACAAAGGAUAGUGCAGAAUUUGUGGGUGUUCUGUAGAAUUUGUUCACCAUAAAUGCAUUUACGCUAAAGUGAUUUAAUGUGGUGUUAAAUGAAAAGCAUUCAUAAAAAAUAUUCAGUAAUUCUAUCCCCUGAACGACAAUUUUUUCUGCACUUUUGUUCCCUUCACCAUUUUAUGGUGGUUGCAUAUUCGUUACAUUGAUACUGGUUCUCUUCCUCUUGUUCCCAAGAACAGAAAAAAACAACAACUAUAUACGUGAAAAUAAUCAACAAUUAAUGAAAUUACCAAUGAGAUAAACAAGAAAAAAAAAACAAAGUGUUGUAAAAUUUAAAAAGUGAAAAUAAGUCAUCUAUAAAAUGAUUCAUCCAUCCACAAAAUACCCAACAAGUCCACUUUCGCAUUUUCUCACUGGAGUCUCAGCUCCUGGCAACAUCCCAAGUCAUCAUCAUCAACCAACACAGACUCUAAGUGAUCUGGAAAACAGUCAUAAUACACCCCUUGAAGUUGUGAAUGGUAGCAUUGGCAAAUCCUUCACAAUAGCCGCAAUUUUGGGCCUUAAGAAGAAUGCAGCAGCCGCUGCUGCAGCGGCUGCAGACAACAAUAAUCGCUCCUUUGAGGAUGUUAUGAACCUGUCCCUCAAUCACAAUCACCUAUCCACCGAUAGUUCCAAGAGCAGCAAUCACUUUGCGGAAAAUCAUAGAUUAAUCAACCUUGCUGGGAACAAUUUGACGAGACUUCCUGGAAUGUCUGCACUCUCACCCCAUUAUUCCCAUCACACCCCAUCUGCCCUCCAAAGUCUUCAGCAGUUGCAUCAGCAGCACUCCACCACAGCCGCCAAUCACUUAAACUUUCAUCAAAGAGAACGAAACCGAAAUGAACAAAGCGGAUCAAAGAAGUCCUCAAUGAAAAGCAAAAGAGUGCGGACGAUUUUUACUCCAGAACAACUUGAGCGAUUGGAAGCUGAAUUUGAGAGGCAGCAGUAUAUGGUGGGACCUGAAAGACUGUACUUGGCACACACUCUUCAGCUGACAGAGGCUCAGGUGAAGGUUUGGUUCCAGAACCGACGGAUAAAGUGGAGAAAACACCAUCUGGAGCUAACACAACAGAGAUUGGCAAUUUUGCGACAGAGACAAAUCAAUGCAUCAGGAGCUGCAGCAAUCAGCAAUGCCCUUCAACCCGUUGAGACAGACAUGGGAGCCUGUAGUGACUCGAUGGAAGCCACUAGUGGUCAGGAGGACAACUAAGCCAUGUGCAAUUGAGCCACACACCAAAGUUACAGGGAGUAUCAUCACACUAGCGUUCCAAUGUACAUAAAGAAUCCAAUUGUAAAUAUUUCUCACUUACCAUUAAAAGAGACACUGAUGUGGAAUAUA